AUGAGGGCGUCGGCAAGUGACCUGCAAGCACCUACAUGUGAUUAUCCAUUGACGAAUGUGGUGUUCUUGAAGACUUACAAAACUGCCAGUACUACGGUGUCGUCAAUACUUAUACGUCAUGGACUACGUAACAACUUAUCUUUUGUAUUACCAUCGCACCAUAAUCCGGGAUGGUUUUCUAGAACAGAACGUUUUAACAGUAAAAUGGCGAAACAGUUAUUGCCACCUCUUCCAGGCACACAGUAUAAUAUGUUAGUUAGCCAUGUCCCAUUUAAUAAACAAGCUAUUGACAAAGUAAUUCGAAACGCCACCUAUAUAACAAUACUACGUCAUCCCGUGGCUAACUACGAGUCAAUUUUCGGGUUCAUGAAAAUUGCUAAUUAUUUCCAUAUUAAUCAAAACACCAGUCAAGAUCCUUUUGAAGUUUUUUUGUCAAACACAACGAUGUAUUUCAAACGCAUUAAUGAUUCUUACCACAAGACAUUACUCAGUAAUAGACAAAUAUUUGAUGUGGGACUUGACCUGAAAAAUUAUAACAAUGAAACACUCGUUGAUAAUGUUAUUCAGCAAGCUUCAGAUGAGUUUGAUUUUGUGUUGAUUGCAGAAUAUUUCGACGAAUCACUUGUUUUGUUGAAGAAACUGUUAUGCUGGGACUUUAAAGAUAUUAUGUAUUUCCAACAGAACAAGAGAAACAACAAACUACGUUUUGACAUUGAUGACUGGAAACGUCAGCGAAUAUUGGAAAUAAAUAAGGCAGAUUACAAACUAUACCAACACUUCAAUAAAACAUUCUGGCGUGAGGUUGAGGCAUAUGGUGAUAACUUUCAUGAAGACUUGGCUACAUUUCGAGAUAUGUUACUGAAGAUACAAUCUGAAUGCGUGGACGAAGAUAAAUUUGUAAUCGACUAUAAAGGACGUAGGAAUGCCACGAUACUGAAAAAUAACGCACCUACUUAUUGUAACGAUAUUAGCAAAGAUGGGUUUGACAAUCUAGGCAAUAAGCAAAAAGCAACAAGUUCGAAUUUGACAAAAAAGCGAAAAUUUACAAAACAACAAAAGAAAAAAUCACAUUAA